AUGGACGGGCCGAAAGGCGGCCUAGAAUUGGGCGUGCGGAGACGGAAGAAGCAAGUGGAGAUUCCGAGGAAUCAGGAUGGACUCUAUCAACCAUACAUUAAGGAUGGGAAGAAGAUCACGGAAAUUGCCAGGUUCAAUCCGGUCGAAGUGUUCUUCGCCGGCUUCAUCCCCCCGGUCGUCGGUUCGGUUUCAGCCAUCGCAAUUGCGCUCAUAUUCCACAAUGACGAGAUUUCAAACUACAACUGGCAGUGCGGGCGAGCCCGUCUUCCCUCAUUGUCCAGAAUCAUCAACCUACCUGUGGAGAGGACGUUUUGGCAACUAUUUCUCCUUUUUCACGUGCCACUCCGCGUUGUUGAACUGAUUACGGGAUUCAAUCGCUACGACCGACUACGAAAUAUCCACUAUCCACGCGUGUGGUUCUACGAGCUGAUGCGGUACACAUACCUUUAUGGCGGGCUGGUCGAGCUGCUCUUCCUUUCUGGGCUGUCGAUUAUUGGAGAACGAGAGAAUAUACGAAUGCACGUCAUCUUCUUCUACGUGUUCGGCAUCUGCGGCAUCGUGUUUAUGAUAGCGAACAUCAUGUGCCACAAGCAUUCACUCUACUACCUCAAUCCAUAUGGUCCGCUCUCCUACCGGUUGAAGAUCCUCUUCUGCUCGUUGUACAUCAUUUCGGUGCCCGUGCUCAUCGGCUCGUUUGUGUUGUACUGGAAAUUCUGCAUCACGUGGGCUUAUGAUGUGUUCGCCAUCUGCGAGUACUCGGGUGUGUUCCUCAACAUCAUGUACCACGGCUGUGCAUUUUUCGAUAUUCGGCACAAGGUGACGUUCACCGUGCGACUUGUUGAAGACGCGUCAAAACACAGGGAACACCGUCCACCCCCGGAGCCCUUCGUGGUCGAUGACCACAUUGAUGAUGACACAGACAGCACCCCGUCCUACGAGAUGAUCGUCACCAAGGACCCGAAUGGCAACGAAGCACGUCGUGUGGAUAAGGGU